CUUCCUCCACAACUUUGUAACCAUGAACAAGCCAGCAAACAAACAAACGAACCGCCACAAAAGGCUCUACGCAAGAACCUGCGGGAAACCAAACUGAUUCAACUCGACCCCCGUGACUCCACUCGUUACUCACCCACAACACUGACUCCUUCCCGCGCUUAAACUCAUACUCACACUCACACUCAAUAUCACCUCUGUGAUUCACCUCGCUGCAGUCAUAACAACCCACCAACAGCGACUCACAAAAUGAUAUACUACGGGAUCCACCCCCAAUACCUCGCCCAAGAGCUCCAACGGCGCAACUACACAUCCUACGGCCGUCCAGACGAGCUCAGCGAAGCGCUCCAGCGCCUCGACGAAACAGGCGGAUCAGAAGCUACGACGGUCUGCACUGUAGCUGUCACGGGUACAUAUCGACCGGUCGAAGCAGUUCAACUGUUGAGACCGAAAGCCGGGUCUGAACGACAGAUCGGGCGGGUUCAGAUGGAAAUGGUGAAGGUUACGAGGCCGCGGAUGGCAUUUGGACCGACGUUUGAUACGAGGCUGUUGGUUGGGGAGUCGAUAACCCACUGGACGCUCAACACAUUCACCCCAACCCUCCACUUAUCCUACGACUCCCACCUCAGCUGCACAAUCGACGGCACCGCGCUCCCCUCGGCCGUCCUAGGAAUGGACGACAUGCUCCGCACGCGCCUGACCGACAUCUCGCACGAGGAAGACGGCCGUGUCUACGACAGCAUCAUCCCGGCUCUCACCUCGUCCCCGCGGAAACGCCGCAUAGACAGCAGGAUCAGGAUCCUGGAAGCGGAAAUGGCGACGCGGACGAGUGUGGCGGUGAAGCAGUUCCCGCUGGGGGCGCCGGCGCUGGGUCCCACUGCUAUGUUGGUGCAUGAGGAGCAUGUUGUGCUUGGGUUGAGGCUCGAGGGGAUGAAGGGGAUGGGGUAUAUUUGGGCGAGGGUGGAGAGGGAGGAUGGGGUUGUUGUUGGGCAGAGGACUUGGGGGGAUGUUAGGGCUGCGGGGUUGGUUGAGUUGGAGGAGAAUGUUGCGCUGCCUUUUUUUGCGAAGGGCGUGGGUCGUGGGGAGGGCAGUGUUGUUGUGGAGAAGGAGGGGAGGGUUAGUGGGAGGUAUUGGACUUGA